AUGACAUCAUCAGGCCCUGCCCACUCCCCCCUCCCCCACCUUCAUCAUCAUCAUCACCACAUCUUACUCAGGAUUGGACGAACAUCCCGUCCUUCGUCCUUAUGGCCCUGCCUCCUGCUCUCUCUAUGGUUCUGGAUUGGUGAAGAGGUGAUCCAGGUGAGCGCCUCCCACCAGCACUUCCACCCCCACUCUAUAAAGAUACCUGGUGACAUCACUCUGGGGGGGCUGUUCCCCAUCCACGCUCGCGGCCCCCACGGGCUGCCCUGUGGUGAGUUGAAGAAGGAGAAAGGGAUCCACCGUAUGGAGGCCAUGUUGUACGCUCUGGACCAGAUCAACAGCGACCCUGAAGUCCUGCCCAACAUCACGCUGGGGGCCCGGAUCCUGGACACCUGCUCCAGAGACACCUACGCCCUGGAACAGUCUCUCACCUUUGUCCAGGCGCUGAUCCAGAAAGACACAUCCGACAUCCGCUGCUCCAACGGAGAGCCGCCAAUCAUCCGCAAACCAGAGAGGGUGGUGGGCGUGAUCGGAGCGUCUGCCAGCUCCGUGUCCAUCAUGGUGGCCAACAUUCUGCGCCUCUUCGAGAUCCCUCAGGUGAGCUAUGCGUCAACAGCUCCAGAGCUCAGUGACAACAACCGAUACGACUUCUUCUCUCGGGUGGUUCCUCCGGACUCGUACCAGGCUCAGACCAUGCUGGACAUCGUCAAAGCUCUGGGCUGGAACUAUGUCUCCACGCUGGCCUCCGAGGGAAACUACGGAGAGAGCGGCGUCGACGCCUUCAUGCAGAUCUCCAGAGAAGCCGGUGGGGUAUGUAUCGCUCAGUCUGUGAAGAUUCCUCGUGAGCCGACAGAUGGAGAGUUUGAUAAGAUCAUCAGACGCCUGAUGGAGACAAGUAACGCCAGAGGAGUGAUCAUCUUUGCCAACGAGGACGACAUCAGGUGUGUCCUUGAAGCGGCCAAGCGUGCUAAUCUGACAGGUCACUUCCUGUUUGUGGGGUCAGACAGCUGGGGGGCAAAAAGUUCACCAAUCACAGAGCUGGAAGAUGUGGCAGAGGGCGCGGUCACCAUCCUCCAGAAACGAGCGUCGAUAGACGGCUUCGAUCAGUACUUCAUGUCUCGUUCUCUGGAGAACAACCGCAGGAACAUCUGGUUCGCUGAGUUCUGGGAGGAUGACUUCAGGUGUAAACUGACCCGACCUGGAAUCAAACUGGACCCUGACAAGAAGAAAUGUACAGGUGAGGAGAGGAUCGGUCGGGACUCGUCCUAUGAGCAGGAGGGGAAGGUCCAAUUUGUGAUCGAUGCGGUUUACGCUGUUGCUCAUGCUCUGCACAGCAUGCACCAGGACCUGUGUCCGGGCAGCUCCGGAGUCUGCGGCAAUAUGGACCCUGUGGAGGGACGCUCACUGCUCAACUACAUUAGAUCCGUCAACUUUAAUGGAAGUGCAGGUACAAGUGUUUUGUUCAAUGAGAAUGGAGAUGCUCCCGGUCGCUACGACAUCUUUCAGUUUCAGAUGACCAAUCACAGCCACCCCGGAUACCGUGUAAUCGGCCAAUGGACCAAUAACCUGAGACUCAACCUGGAUGAGAUGCAGUGGUCCGGAGGAGAUAGAUCAGUUCCUGAGUCCAUCUGUAGUUUUCCCUGUAGACCAGGAGAGAGGAAGAAGAUGGUGAAGGGUGUCCCCUGCUGCUGGCACUGUGAGCUCUGUGAUGGGUAUCAGUACCAGCUGGAUGAGUUUACCUGUGAGACAUGUCCGUCAGACAUGCGCCCUGUCCCCAACAGAACCGCCUGUCGUCCGACCCCGAUCAUCAAACUGGAGUGGAACUCCCCCUGGGCCCUUGUUCCCGCCUCCCUCGCCAUGCUUGGUAUCCUAGCAACCAGCGCUGUGGUGAUCACCUUCAUCCGCUUCAACGACACGCCCAUUGUCAGGGCAUCAGGAAGGGAGCUCAGCUAUGUACUUCUGACAGGUAUCUUCCUGAUCUACCUGAUCACAUUUCUGAUGAUUGCGGAGCCAGGUGUGGUGGUUUGUGCGUUCCGGCGCCUCCUGCUGGGCCUUGGCAUGGCCAUCACCUACUCUGCCAUGUUGACCAAAACCAAUCGCAUCUACCGCAUCUUUGAACAGGGCAAGAGGUCGGUGACACCGCCCAAAUUCAUCAGCCCCACGUCCCAGCUCGCCAUCACCUUCAUCCUCAUCUCCGUCCAGGUCCUUGGUGUGUUUGUGUGGUUCGCCGUCAUCCCCCCUCACACCACCAUCGAUUAUGAGGAGCUCCGCCCCCCAAACCCUGACCUGGCCCGAGGCAUCCUGAAGUGUGACAUGUCCGACCUGUCAAUCAUCUGCUGCCUCAGCUACAGUAUCGUGCUCAUGGUGACGUGUACGGUGUAUGCGGUGAAGAGCCGUGGUGUCCCGGAGACGUUUAAUGAGGCAAAGCCAAUCGGUUUCACCAUGUACACCACCUGUAUCGUCUGGCUUGCCUUUGUACCAAUCUUCUUUGGUACCGCCCAGUCCACAGAGAAAAUGUUUAUCCAGACGGGCACCCUGACUGUCUCCAUGUCUCUCAGUGCGUCUGUCUCUCUUGGGAUGCUCUAUAUGCCGAAGGUUUACGUGAUCAUUUUCCAUCCUGAGCAGAACGUCCAGAAGAGGAAGAGGAGCUUCAAGGCUGUUGUCCAGGCUGCCAGAUUGUCUCAGAAAUCUUCAAGUGAGAAACAAAACGGAGAGACAAAGAUUGAACCUGACAGAACGCAGUAA